AUGCCAGUAUACGGCUCCGUGAGCUCUCCAUCACUGCGGAAAAUGGAAAACGGCUACGGUCACGGCCAGAGGGCCUCGUUGAGCUUUGGCCGCAUCAUCGGCGACCCCUUUGCCCUGGCCACCAUCUCCAUUGGCGUCCUCGCCUGGAUCAUCGCCUUUGUCAGCUCGAUAAUAUCUGCCAUUCAUGGUGGCUUCCCCAACUUCGCAUGGUGGACACUCGUCUUCAUGUUCUUCUGCAUCGCCGGUGUCACAGUCACCGUCGCCUCGGAUGCUGAGCGGACAUAUCAUGUAGCGAUUGUUGGCUUCCUCGCCGCCGGCCUGGUCUUCACUACCUCGUCGGUCAACUCGCUCGUCUAUUCACCGAUUGCGCCCUUCGAGGCAGCAGCAGCGGGAUACAUUCUACUUUCCAUGAUUGCUGUACGUGACUGCAUUUCCUCUUCACUUUCCCAACCUGCCACUAAUGCCCCCCGCCCCCAGAUUGUAUGGAUCUUCUACUACGGCUCUCAGCCACAGGCCAGUCACCGCGCCUUUGUCGACUCGUAUGCCCUCCACAAAGAGCACCCAGGCUCCCGCUCAUCGCGCCCAAUCUCCCACGGCUACACCAACCGCCCCGAAACCCAAGUCGCCAGCCAGGCGCCUCAAAUGUACACGUCUGCCCAACUCAACGGCUUUGAAACCUCGUCCCCCGUCUCAGGCUACCCAGGCGGCCCGGCAGGUGCCAACGGCCGCAACAGCUCCGUCCCCCAGUUUGGCGGCAUGCCCAACAACGGCAUUCCCAACGCCGCAACCCCUACCCAAGACGAAGCACACCAGCAAGAAGCCUCGAUCGAGUACCCCUACCGCGCAAAGGCCAUUUACAGCUACGAGGCCAACCCGGACGAUGCAAACGAAAUCAGCUUCCAAAAGCACGACGUCCUCGAGGUCUCGGACGUGAGUGGCCGAUGGUGGCAGGCGAAGAAGCCAAAUGGCGAGACGGGCAUUGCGCCGAGCAAUUAUCUUAUUUUGCUGUAA